AUGAAGAGGUAAAGAUCAUAGUCGUGGGAACCUUAAAGUUUUGAAAAUAGUGAAUUAAUACGAUAACAAUCAGAAAGACCAAUAAAUGUUGAAAAUGUAUGAAAAAAUCAGAUAUAGAGCAUUUUUUCUAUGAUUGUGAAUCAUAAUGUUAUUAAGGAUAUUUCAAUUAUUGAUACUUACAAAGAGAUUGAUAACAUAUCUAUGCACAAAAAACAUUUUGUGAAUUAUGUAAUAAAAAUUAAGACUGAUUACUUUGAUUAUACAAUUGCUAAAAGAUAUUCAGAAUUUGAAAAACUUUAUGAUUAAGUAAAUAUUAUGAAUAUUUAUUUAGAUUUCGAAUAUUUUACAUAAAUUACCAAAAUUUCCUGAGAAAAAAUUGAUAAAAUCUAACUCAAAAAAAAAUAUUGCAGAAAGAAGAGAAAUGUUAGAAUGUAAAUCAUAUAAUAAAUUCAUAUAUUAGAAUUACUGAAAUAUAUUUUAAGAAAUCUUAAUAAUUAAAUGCAUAACUUUUUAAACUUUUUAAAUAUUUAAUGUGAGUUAUGUUGAUUUAUGUAGAAUAAUUUUUAAAAGGAGGUUUUGGUUAAAAUGUUAGACUUCAUGAAAUGAGUAAAGAUGAAUUUGGAUUAAGUGAUUUAAAAGAAUAAACAAAAUUAGUUGCUUCAAAUGAUUAAGAAAAAAUGAUAUUUCAUUAUAUAACAAAACUUAAUGAGAGAACUGAUGAAAGAAGCAAAAUAUUUUAGUAUUAUAAAAUAAAUAAAAAUAGAAAAAUGGAAAAAUAUUUUUUUGGGAAAACCUAACAUUUGGGAUCAUAAGUAUUAAAAUUUAUGUUAAUUGGGGAUGACUAAGGACAAAAAGGAAUCAUUGAAUUAUUAAAAAAUACAUCAAAAGAUUCUUAAUCGCAUAUAUCUUGUAUAAGUGGAAUGUAAUUCUUAAGGAAAAUGUUAGAAUAUGACUAUAAUCCAUGUAUGAAAAAAUAAAUAAUUUAAAAUAGAUGCAGAAUUUUAUUUAAAAGUAUUUUCUGAAGUAAGUAUUAAAUAACUUAAAAAAAUGGGUAUCUCAUUUCAUAUAUGUGGAAAUAGUAAAUAACUUUGUAAAUAAGAUACUUUGCUAUUAAUUUAUAAAUAUGUUAAAGUUAAUGAUUUAAAACCAGAAUUCAUAUCUUUUUUAGUAUUAUUAUUAAUAUGAGUAAAUUAGUUAGAUGAUUAAGAAGCAUUAAAUGAAUUCUAAUAAUUUAAGGAAGCAUAUUAAUAAAAAAAAGAAGAAGGAUUUUAAUUAAUAGUUGAUAGUGUUGAGAAUCUAUAAAAAGAAAUAAUUUCUGUAAAAUCAAAUUCAAAAGAAAAACUCAGUAUUUUAGAUUAAGAACCUUCAAUAGAGUAAUUAAAGGAAAUUGAAAGAAAUUAAAGUAUAAUAUGGAAAUAAGUGUAAGGUAGUUAAUGAUUAAAAAUUUAGAAUAUGAAAAUCAUCGUAUUGAACACAUCUAAGGUUAAAUUGUUAAGACAGUCCAUCCAUUAAAAUGUAGUUUAAAAAGAGCAAUUGAAUUAUCAACUACAUAAAAACAUAAAUGGGUCAAUACUAUGAUUGUAAGAUAAAUAGUAAAAUAAAUUGAACCUAAUAAAUAAAUAAUUGCAGAAACUUAUUUAUGGUAAGAUAAACAACUCUUUAAGAAAGUAGUUUUUUUCUCUGAAGAAACUUUAAUAAUUAAUGUAUAUAUAUAUUUAAAGUUAUAUUUAAGGAUGAUAAUUUUGAAAUUUAAAUGAGACCAGUAUAUGAAUGUCAGUCUUAUGAAUAAUUUUAGAAAUGCGAUGAAACGAGUAUAAUCAUUUAAUAUUUUAUAGGUCAAAAGGUAUAAGUGACAUAUGGAAUUUAUAAUAAUGGUAUCACCACAGUAACAAUAAUUCAAAAUUUGUUUGAUAGAGUACAAUAACUACAAUAUACUCCUGUGCUUUUAAAAGAAGUCGACUACUUUGAAAAAACAGUCUAAUAGCUAAAACUUUUAUUAUAAACUCAGUGA